GCUGGGAAGCCCAGAUUGCCAGAUUCCGACAAAGCCAUUUUGGAUAUCCUAGAACACGACCGCAAAGAAGCGCUUGAGGAUCGCCAAGAGUUGGUCAAUAAGAUCUUUAAUCUCCAGGAAGAGAUCCGUCAUGCAGAAGAUCUCCGGGAUAAGGCCUUCCACUCCCGGGAUGAGGCCCAAAUACAAUAUUCCCAGUGCCUGAUUGAGAAGGACAAACACCGGAAGCAGAUUCGGGAACUGGAGGAAAAAAACAAUGACCUGAGGAUUGAAAUGGUCCGGAAGGAAGCAUGCAUCAUUAACUUGGAAUGCAAACUCAGACGCCUCUCCAAGGACAACGGUUAUGACCAGAGUUUGCCACGGAAUUUGCCCUUCACCGUGAUUUCUCAGAUGCUGGAAACCUCCAGACCCAAAACCAACGGCCAAGAGGCAGAUGACUCUUCAACUUCUGAAGAAUCCCCUGAAGACAGCAAAUUCUUCCCCUUGGAUCCACCUCAGUUUCGGAGAAGAUUAAACAUUAAGGGCUUCCAGCCUCCAAGAACAAAAUCCCCCAUCGGUACGAAUCGGACGCCAGAUCUCCAAG